GGCGGUGCGGAGAGGUCUCAGAUUGCGGGAGUCUGGACUUUAAAAGCGGGCGUCACCGCAUCAGCAUCUUCAGGCGAGAGAACAGCCGAGACGCUCGCGCUGCCGGUGCUGCCGAUUAAUCGUUUGCGAUGAUGUCAGUGCAGAAGCCUCCGCUCAGACGCAGCGCAUCGACCAUAGAAUCAACCAAUCACGGCGGCCCACUGUUGACUCCGCCCACCUCUCUCAACUUACGCUCCUCCCACAACCAGCAGCUGAGCUGCGACACCAUAAAGGAGGGCGUGGUCACCGUUUCCAAGGAAACGCAAGACUCGAAGAGUCGCCAGAAAUACGCGCUGACCAAUAUCCAAAACGCAAUGGGUUUGAGCCAAAACCCCGCCCCUUUGUAUCAAAGCCACGCCUCCUUUGACCGAAGACCCGCCCCGACGAAAUCCGCCUCCUCUUCGUCUCUCUACUGCUCCUCGCUCUCCUUCUCCGCCUCCAAUCCCAAACUGGCCAAAAACGGCACCAACCUGCAGCUCAAAGAGGAGCAGCUGGACCUCAACAAGAACGACAGGAACCUGAAAUAUACCAGGAAGCAGCAGUUGCUAUGA